AAAGCGGUGGCUCGGCCAGGGCUGCUGCGCGUCUCCAAGCUGCUCGGGAGCGCGCCCCAGGGCUCCGCCCUGACUCCUGUAGCGGCCUGGGUCUGCAUCCUGAGGCUGGAGCUGGCGGGUUCCGGACAGGAAAGGAAUACCUAGAGCUGUCACCACUUAGAUGGAACAAUAUAAAGAAGUUCAUCUUAUUACCAGUGGCUCUUUAAUGUGAAAAAAAAAAUUUAACAGCAUUUCUGAUUCAUGGAACUUCAAAGAAAGCAGAGAAGAUGGGUGAGAGAUGCAAAAUACUUCGUUAACAUUUUAACUUAAAAUUUCAAGAUUUGCAAAAGAAACAAGCUUGUGCCCUUCUGAAGACUGAAAUUUUGGGAACUCAUAAAAUAGGCGGAGGAAUAAAGAUACCAUCUGAGAAGUGGAAACUGUAUAAAGCCUACCAUCAUUGAUUCCAGGUUCCAGCUCACAGUCUACAUGGUCUGAAAAACUAGAAGCCAAGGCAUUAACCCAAAGUUGGCCCAGACAGUCUGUCUGAAAUGUGGUGGUUUCAGCAAGGCCUCAGUUUCCUGCCAUCAGCACUUGUAAUUUGGACAUUUGCUACCUUUAUCUUCUCAUACAUCACUGCAAUAACACUCCACCAUGUUGAUCCUGCAUUGCCUUACAUCAGUGAUACUGGUACAGUACCUCCAGAAAGAUGCCUCUUUGGAGUAAUGCUAAAUAUUGCUGCAGUUUUAGGUAUUGCUACCAUGUAUGUUCGUUACAAACAAGUUCAUGCACUGAAUCCUGAAGAGAACCUUAUCAUCAAAUUCAACAAAGCUGGCCUUGUAUUUGGAAUACUGAGUUGUUUAGGACUCUGUCUUGUGGCAAAUUUCCAGAAAUCAACACUAUUUGUUGCACAUGUAUGUGGAGCUGUGCUUGCCUUUAGUAUGGGUUCAUUAUACAUGUUUGUUCAAACCAUCCUUUCCUACCAAAUGCAACCUAAAAUUCACAGCAAACAAGUCUUCUGGAUCAGACUACUGUUGGUUAUCUGGUGUGGAGUAAGUGCACUAAGCAUGCUGACUUGCUCAUCAAUUUUGUACAGUAGUGAUUUUGGUGCUGAUAUAGUACAGAAACUACACUGGAACCCUGAGGACAAAGGGUAUGUGCUUCACAUGGUCACUACUGCAGCAGAAUGGUCUAUGUCAUUUUCCUUCUUUGGAUUUUUCCUGACUUACAUUCGUGAUUUCCAGAAAAUUACUUUACGGGUGGAAGCCAAUUUACAUGGAUUAACCCUCUAUGACACUGCUCCUUGUCCUGUUACCAAUGAAAGAACACCACUGCUUUCCAGAGACUUUUAAUGAAGGGAUAAAAUACUUCUGUGAUAAUUAUGAUUCUCAGGGAUUUGAGAAAGAUGCAGAAAAGUUGCUUAUUAUGCUCUGAAAAUUUGAAUCAGUUAAUCAAGGCUGACAGUGACAUUAAUGAACGAUAAUAAUCAAGAGACGUGUAAUAAUCUAUCUGAUCAGUUUUCUUAAAGGAUGUCAGUAAGAUUAUCUAAAAAUAUUUAUGCCUAGACUUUUUAAUCUCAGAAAAUAAAACCAAAGGAUAAUACCA